AUGUCGCUUCGAUCUUCUUCGAGCCGCCUCUUGGCGCGCGCCGCUCCCAGCAAGGCUGCUGCUGCUGCCGCUGCUCCUCGCGCCGCCGCCCCCUCUGUCGCCGCCACUGCCCGCAGCAUCAACACCAGCUCCAGCUCUUCCAGCUCCACCUGGGCCAACGUAGCCACCAAGCCAUCCGCUCAACGCCUCGUGUCUGCCGUUCGCACCUUCUCCACCUCCUCCUCCGCCUCGGCCGACUUUGAGUCGCCCUUCGGCGUCAACUCACUCUCCAAGUACACCGAGGAGGAGGAGAUGCUCCGCGAAGCCGUCCAGCGUUUCGCCCAGGACGUCGUCGCUCCCAAGGUCGAAGCGAUGGACGAGGCCGAAAAGAUGGACCCGGAGAUCAUCAAGGGCCUCUUCGAGCAGGGUCUCAUGGGUGUCGAGACUUCGGCUGACCACGGUGGCGCUGGCUGCUCGUUCACCGCUGCCAUCAUCGUCAUCGAGGAGCUCGCCAAGGUCGAUCCCUCCGUCUCGGUGCUCUGCGACGUCCACAACACGCUCGUCAACACGGUGAUCCGCAAGUACGCCAGCAAGUCCCUCCAGGACAAGUACCUGCCCCAGCUCUCGGAGAAGACGCUCGGAUCGUUCUGCCUCUCCGAACCCGCCUCUGGUUCGGACGCGUUCGCCAUGAAGACCUCGUGCAAGAAGUCCGCCGAUGGCAAGAGCUGGACGCUGAACGGCAGCAAGAUGUGGAUCACCAACUCGGCCGAAGCCGAGUUCUUUAUUGUGUUUGCCCAGUCCGACCCUGCCAAGGGCUACAAGGGCAUCAACGCGUUCGCCGUCGAGAAGAGCAUGGGCGUAGAGAUCGCCAAGAAGGAGAAGAAGCUCGGCAUCAAAGCCUCGUCCACCUGCACGCUCAACUUUGACGACAUCACCGUCCCCGCCGAGAACCUCAUCGGAGAAGAGGGCAAAGGUUACAAGAUCGCGAUCGAGAUCCUGAACGAGGGACGCGUUGGUAUCGCGGCGCAGAUGAUCGGUCUGGCGCAGGGUGCGGUUGACAAGGCGGUGAGGUACGCAGCCGAUCGCAAGCAGUUCGGAAAGAAGAUCACCCAGUUCCAAGGUAUGCAGUUCCAGAUCAGCCAGAUCAUGAUGGAGAUCGAGGCCGCGAGGGUGCUCACCUACAACGCGGCUAGGUUGAAGGAGGAAGGUAGAUCUUUCACCAAGGAGGCGGCUAUGGCGAAACUUUUCGCCAGUCAGGUGGCGCAGCGCGCCAGUGGUAGUGCCAUCGAGUGGUGCGGCGGUGUCGGGUUCACGAGGGAGACGGGCAUCGAGAAGUACUGGAGGGAUAGCAAGAUCGGCGCCAUCUACGAAGGUACGAGCAACAUCAUGUUGGAGACCAUCUUCAAGUUGGUUGAGAGGGAGAUGGAUUUGAAGUAG